CUACGUAGCACUUUUUAUUUGAUUUCCGCAGCCAAGACCACGCCUUUAUCUCUUAUCAGCAGCCAACCAAAAGAUGGAACAAGUGGAGCUGGCGCCGACACUACGGCCGCUCUUGGAAAGCAACGAGAAGAUCAUCAGCGUGCAAAACAAAGUGGGGCUAUACAAGGGGGCGGAGCGCGACGAGGAGCACGACAAUGGCACGGUGUACUUGACCACACACAGGAUUGUCUAUGUCGAUCAGGCACGGCCACACGAGCGCUCGGCAGCGCUGGAUUUGGCGCGGGUCAAGCGCAGCUCGGUGCACAGCGGGUUCAUCUACUCGUCGGGCAAAGUCCGCCUCCACAUAGCGCCUGCGCGCGACUCUGGGCUGCGGGCACUGGACGGGUCACGGCGCGGCAGCGAGCCCACGCAGCCAGCCACCAGCCAGUCCCGCACUGAAUGGCAGUGCCCUAUCUGCGACAACAUGAACGUGGGUGCAUUGGACAAGUGCUCGCUGUGCGGGGUGCCGUACGAGGAGCCCACGCAGAAAGCCGAGCUGCAGCUGACAUGCGCGGUAUGCACAUUCCACAACCACAUCAGCAUGGCCAGGUGCGAAAUGUGCGAGGCCGAGCUUACGCGACCGGUCCCGCCGACGCCCGGGGAGCGCGCAGUGCAUGAUGACUCGGACGACGAGGACGCAAGCGAGCUGUUGAAGCUGUCGUUCCGCGCCGGCGGGUCGUCGUCGUUCCACUCGGCGCUGAAGGACGUGCUUAGCGACAAGGCGUGGCUGGAGCCGGCAGAGGCUGCGAGCCCAGCGCAGCCUAUGUUCCCAGGCGAUCGGCGGCCGACAGUGGGCGGGAUCUCGACAUUGGUCAGUGCAGCGCACGAGAACGAGCGCACGCGCGACGACACGCUCAAGACAGCGUUUGCGGACCUGGACGGCCUGGCAGCCAAGGCCAAGGAGAUUGUGUCCCUGGCAGAGAAGAUUGCCACGCAGCUGAACUCGCCGGCAGCCAGCAAGCUGCGCAGCAAAGACGACGACGCAGAGCAGGCGGAUGCGUUCCGGCAGUACCUGCUGGACCUGGGCAUUGACAGCCCUGUGACGCGCGACACUGCCGGCGCCAUGUUCCACGAGGAGCUGGCGCGCGAGCUGUCCGAUUUCCUGGAGAACUACGUGGCCAAGCAUGGCGGCACCGUGGCGCUGGUCGACGCAUACUGCCUGUAUAACCGCGCGCGCGAGUUCUCGCUGGUCUACCCGGCCGACUUUGUCAUGGCGUGCCGAAACUUUGAGCGCCUGCACUUGGCCCUGCGGCUGCGCGAGUACCCGAGCGGCCUGCUGACCAUCGAGGAUGCUAGUUCGGCCAGCGACGCCGCGAUUAUCCAGCGCGUUGCCCAGUAUAUCCGCAGCUUCGGCCCCAUCACGUCUGGCGAAUUGGCCGCCAUGGAGGAGUGCUCGCUGCCGCUGGCCGAGGAGCACCUGGGGCUGUGCGAGCGCGCUGGCCAGGUGUGCCGCGACGAGACCGUUGAGGGCGUGCGGUUCUACCAGAAUCUGUUUAUGCAGAAUGCCGUCACCGUUUAAUGAAAUGUUCUAUUGCUUUUUGGACCAUGCUAUGUGUACAGUUGAGAAUUGGCUGGUGCGUGGAUCGGCGGCGGGGGAGGAGCAAAUCAUCGCGAGCCCAAACGUAAACAUGGAACGCU